UGGCACCCAAGAAGUUGGCAACACAACAAACUUUGUCAUCACCCUGGCUCAUGCAUGGCUGCUGCUGCUGCCUGGCUGAAUCGCAAAUUCACAUAAAUCUGACUUAAAAUGAAAUUGUUGGAGGUUUUAGUUGUACGAAAAGGCAUUAGGAAUUCUGCCCAGUUUGUUGUGCCUCAAGAUGUCUUUACGAUAACCAUAUCGAUCCUGACGAACAAAGAAACGACGACAUUCAACGACGAAAUACGAGUUUCCAAAUUCCUGUUUGCUGCCUGCAUAUCAAUCACACGUCGUGCAGUGAAUGGUUUUCAAUCGUCAAGUAAAAGUUGACUUUAGAAAGUCAAAAUCGUCGUCUACAAACUUGUUUCCAUCGACUCCAUGUCCUUACUAAGACAAAACCACAUUUGAUUCAACAAUUAGCCGAGGAGAAUUGAUAUGGCUGAUCAUAUAUCUACACGGACUGGCUGGGCCAGGGGUCUGAUAGCAAUUGGAUGAAAAUGUUGCAUUUUGUAGUUAACAAUUAACUUGCUUUGUAGUACGAUGGGCAAGAACUAAAAAACGGAAAUCAAUUGCUAUACAGCCAGUUGGUUGUUGGACGAUAUUAAUGCAUCUAUUCAACUUUCAAAGUAACGGUAUUUCGGUACGGAAUUGGAGUUGUACAACAUGGACAACUCGUCUCAAAUGUCGAUGCGCAGUUUCCCUGUCAACAGUCUCAAUCAAAACGAUCGUCAUCUGUCGUCAUCCGUGCGUGUUCUAUUUAUUAACGAAAGAAUUGACGCAUAGAAAUAAUAAUGGCCGCAACAUCUGCACGGCACAUCUGUUAAUAACACCGCAUCCGCAUGAAUACAUAGAAAUUCGAGCGAUGGAAAUGCUUACACACCCAGCUGCAGUCAUUGUACGAAACUGCCAUAAAUAAAGGUAGAAGCUCAAGGUUCGUUUCAAAAAGAUCCACAAGCUGUCCAGUUCGCCAUGAAGUGCAUUGCUGUGAUGGCCGUUUGCGUUGCUGUGAUCGCCGUUUGCUUCAUCAGCGCCCUCCAUGUUAAAGCCAAUGCAGUUGAAAGGGCCACUGUAACUGAUGCCGAGCUUCAGGCUCUUUCCCAACAGCUUCACAUUGAUGACGUCAACGCUGUCCAGGGGAUCGUUUUGAACGUGCAAUCCACCACGACAUCUGGAAGCACCACCGACAAAGCCCCAUUGCCGUUGUUUUCGAGUGUCCCGGCUGGUGCAUUUUCCGGGCCAACAGUAAGCAAACUGCUUGCUCUUUUCGACAACUACGACGAGAACUGCAAAGUGACUGAGGUCAUCACAGCUGAAGAACAGACUGAAAACGAUGCCUUCCUCGAUGCCAUUUUGGGCACUAGCGUAAUGCAACAAGCCCACCAGUUUCUCGUCUCUAAAGGCUUGGCUGACUCCAGUGUGGCUGUUUUCAAGGAAUACCUGCGUCAGAUUUGGCUCGGCCAAUACAACCGCGGAGGCGGGUAUCAAAGUUCAUCCGGAUUUGAACACAUUUUCCUCGGCGAAAAAGACAACACGACCAUCCAGGGCUAUCACAGCUGGUUCAAAUAUUACCGGGACGAGCAAGCAGGAAAGAUCAACUACCUGGGCUAUUUGCGUAACAUUAAUCUGGGAGUGAGCUCCGUCAUUGGUCUGCCUAUGAGUUGGAAUGGCCUUUACAAGUCAAUCAGUUCCAUCUCUAUAUCUGGCAGCCCCGAAAUCGAAUUGGCGUUGGCCACCGUCUGUUUCCUGGCCAGGCCCAACGCCAAGUGUCCCCUGUACGGUGCCAAUGCAACACCUUACGCCUACCAGACUUAUACUCUCACUUACAACAGCAAAACUUAUAUCGGUAGCGCUUACCCCACCUAUUAGUCUUCUAACGUAAGAGGCCCUGCAAUAGUCUUACAUAGGUGAUUUAAAUGUUUAAUAUUUGCUGCUUUCCUGGACAAAUGAAUAUUUUCAUUUAGUACAGUAACUAAAUUGAAAGCCUGCAAUUUACCACACAGACCACUGAAUCUUAAAUUGUCACCGUAUAGUGCAAAUCGACAUAAUUAACAACUUAUUACAGAGAAAUAAAGUGCUUUAUUUGCAUGGCCUGUUCAA